AUGCCGUUCAAAUCGCGCUAUCACGUCGAUAUCCCAAACACCCACCUCGCCUCAAUUCUUCUCAAAUCGCCCACGCACCCUCUCUCGUCAACACACCGAUGCUUCUCCGAGGCCGCCCGCCCAGAUACCCAUUACUUCACCACCCAUGACUUCCGACUGUGGAGCCAGCGGUUCGCGGCUGGACUGCGCAAAGCUGGUCUUCAGCCUGGUGACCGCGUGCUGCUCUUCUCCGGUAAUGAUCUGUUCUUCCCUGUCGUGUUCAUGGGGAUCAUCAUGGCUGGGGGAAUCUUCACGGGUGCCAAUCCGACGUUUGUGGCGAGGGAGCUGGCUUUCCAGUUGCAGGAUAGCGGGGCUUCGUUCCUUCUCUGUGCGGACGUGAGUCUGGAUGUGGGGAUUGAGGCUGCUCAGAUCGCCGGGUUGAGCCGGGAUCGGGUGUUUGUGUUCAAUAAUGCGAUCUUUGACGGGCAGGGGGAAGGGAGGAAAGGGUGUCGCUACUGGGGGGAGUUGGUAGCUUCCCUUGAGGAGGGGAGAGGGUUUGUCUGGGAUGAGCUGUCGACGCCCGAGGAAGCUGACAGAACUCUUGCGCUGAACUACUCGAGCGGCACGACGGGCCGGCCAAAGGGGGUGGAAAUCACGCACAAGAACUACGUUGCCAACAUGCUGCAGUACAACUACGUGUUUUACCUGAACCCCGAUUGGAAGGAGAGGUCGGCCAGGGCGCGGUGGCUGUGCUUUUUGCCGAUGUACCAUGCGAUGGCGCAGAACAUUUUUAUCGCGGCUGCGCUGAGCCGUGAAGUGCCUGUCUACAUUAUGCCCAAGUUUGACUUCAUCAAGAUGCUCGAAUAUGUGGAGAAGUUCCGCAUCUCGGACCUCAUUUUGGUGCCCCCGGUGGUGGUUGCAUUGGCCAAGCAUCCUGCGGUCAAGAGCGGAAAGUAUGACCUGAGCAGCGUAGAGGCCAUCGGAAGUGGAGCAGCACCCCUGGGACGAGAAGUGUGCGAGGAGGUUGAGGCCCUGUGGCCACCGGGUCGCAUUAAUGUCAAGCAGGGCUGGGGAAUGACCGAAACUACAUGUUCGAUACUGGGCUGGAACCCAGCUGAAAAGAGCUAUACUGCAUCGGUUGGAGAGUUAAAUGCGAACUGUGAAGCGAAAAUCAUGGCCGACGACGGAGUGACAGAGUAUGGACGCAACCAACGCGGCGAGCUCUGGGUACGAGCCCCGAAUAUCAUGAAAGGUUACUGGAAGAACCCCCAAGCAACCAAGGAAACCAAGACGGCCGAUGGAUGGUUGAAAACAGGGGACAUUGCAUACGUGGACGACCACGGGAGGUUCCAUGUCGUCGACCGCAAGAAGGAAUUGAUCAAGGUGAAAGGCAACCAAGUGGCACCGGCAGAGCUGGAGGCCCUGCUACUGGAACAUCCUGCGGUUGCCGAUGUGGCCGUCAUUGGUGUGCAAGUGAAUGACGACGAGCGUCCUCGAGCGUAUAUUGUGCUAAAGCCAGGACACAACGCCGGCGCGGACGACAUUGUCGCCUUCAUGGAUGGCAAAGUGUCUGCGAUCAAGAGAAUAACUGGUGGGGUAGUUUUUGUCGACGCCAUUCCUAAGAACCCAUCUGGAAAAAUUUUGCGUAAAGUGCUUCGAGAAAGAGCCAAAGAAGAGACCCAAAGGAAUGGGGUCACUGCUAAGCUAUAG